CUUCCUCAAUUACUCUUAUGUUCCAGGCUCUUUCCCACUGCCCCCUCUCAACCUCACCUGGCCAUUUCUGUGGAACUACUUGCUUUCUAUCAGGCACUGUUUGAACAUUCUUGUGACUUGACCAAUGCCCUUGCCUCUGCACUCAAUACACAUUAUGAACAACAAGGGUUCUGGAUGACCACCCAAGAGGUC